AUGCCUCUCAAGUUAUACAUCUCAUUUGCUUUAUACCUGAUAGCUUUGGUUCAUUGUUUAAUAUUGCCAGCCACUUCCCCAAUCUGUGAGUUGCCCUAUGCUAAAUCCUUCCCUUACUGGGGAUACAGAAUACAAAGAGAGUACUCUCUCAGAAGUAUUAGGGGACCUUUAUUUCACUACAGUGUAUUCAUACGUUGCCGGCAAAGCUCAUUAGACUAUGAACACCUCGUAAGAUUGGGCAGAGAAGAGGAUAUUCCUUGGAACACAACUUUAUGCUUUUCCAAUCGUCUAACUAAGAAAUCAAAAUCUACUGUCAACAACAAGUCGAAGGAAUCACGGAACACUACCGAUUCAGCAGCGAACGAAAAGCCAACUUUCAGUCCACUGAAUAGAGUUUACAAAAAACUGUUCAAGAGAUUUGAUUAUGUCUUGACCAAAAUGGCCCGAUCUCGCUUUCUGCAGUAUGCCUCCCACCGACAAGACGACAAGGUUGACGGAAUAAGACAUCUACCUUCUAAGGAAGUACUGUCAGUUUCUCUUGAAGAUUUGAAAUGCUAUAAAUUGGUAAGAAGGAAGAAAUAUGUGACACGUCAGUUAUCUCUCUAUACCCCUUAUCGUUUUAUCGGAGGUCUAUUUGAAUGUCCUUUAUCCAAAGAAACUAAAAAGGACAUGCUGAAAUCGGCCUCGGCCCUAGACUUCAUCAGCCCGUACCAGAUUCCUUGUGAUUCAAACACUGCUGUUCCGAUUGCACCUCUGAUCUCUGACGAUAUUUCGCAACAGCUGGUAAACCAUAAUAUUUUCUCCAGCAGAAUCACAGACUUUCGAAUCAAUAUUAUCCAAAGAAUACCAUACCUUUUCACACCAUCGUUUCUGGACCCCCGCUUUUAUUCCUCUGGUGUCUUUAAAGGCCGCUACAGUAAUUGGUUUGACGAACUAGACAUCAAUGAGGAUUACGAUUUAAGCUCACUUGAUGAAAGCGUGAUGUCAAAAUCCAACACUCUGUUUGCUAACUAUAUUGCAAAACACUUUCGAUUCAAGAAUACGAAUCCUCUCUUGGUGUGGGAGAGGAAUACAUCCAACACACAUGAUGAUGACAAUGAACAAUACCUUAACCGCAAGAGCGAUUUACUUAACCAAGUCCUAUCUCAGCUCGUUGAAUGGCCUUGGGAUGUUGCUAAGCAACAUCUCACCAACAUUCAUCAGAUACUCGACGUGGAUUCAUGA